AUGCUCGCACCCCACCACGCAAAUGCUGUCGCCCGUGUGACACGUUUGUGCUGUGCCAUAUGCGUGCGUGCGUGCACGUUGUUAGGGACGUCUGAUCGCCUACUAGACGACCGCGCUGGGCCAAAAAAGCAGAUACAUUCUGAUGCGGACAGGUGUCUGCUACCUGAUGCAAUUUGGUUGACAGGCCUACCAACGUAUCUGAAUGACAGGAAUUUGGUUGCUAUACCACAGUUUGCUUUCAAUAUGGGCCAACCUGGCCUGCAACUAGUAAACCUAGAUGAACAGCAACGCUUUUCCGGUGAAAUUAUCAGCAAAAUCGUCAACCCCGAACUACCACAUGAUUUGUACCCGGACAAAACUGCAUGCCGUCAACGAAACCUAAUACCACACCUGCCGCGAAAUAACCCAACGAUCACCAGCAUCACCGCACGAGGUGUGAGGGGUAAGGGGGGGGGUAUUAAACAUAGGGGGGGGGGGGGGGGGGGGGGGGGGGGGGGGGGGGGGGGGGGGGGGGGGGUUGUAACGUAA